UCCCCCUGGAGCUGGAGUUACAGGAGGUUGUGAGCUACCUGACAUGGAUUCUGAGAACCAAAACUCCGGAAGAGCAGCAGUCGCUGUUAACUUCUGAGCCAUCUCUCCGGCUCUUAACAAACCCCAUGUUGUAGCCAAUCCCAUAAAUUAAAAUUUAGGUUUUUCCCCUGUUUGCACGGGCGACCUGUCACCUUUUUCAUAAACUAAAGAGGAACAGAUCUACCAUAAGUAGCCCUUGCACGACAGCAUACAUACACACAGCCUUCAAAGGAGGAGGCUGGCCCGUCAUUUGCUAGGUCUGGAUCUCCCAACUCCCAGCUGCCUGCUUCCCAUUGCCCCCCACCACCAUUACAGGGUGCAGUGGGUGCAGGGGGGAUGUUGGUAACCAUGUUUACUACAAAACCCAGCUGAGCUAGUAGUAACUAUAUUAAUAAUUAUGUUUUGCCUCCCUGAGAAGUGCGUUGCUUGACAUGACCAGUACCUGGGUUUCUCUUCAGGGCGUUAAAUAGGGCACGCUUUGGGAUCUCUUCUACCCUUAGCUACUCAUAAUGCUUACUUUGUGAAAAACUUAAAAGGAGGCAAGUUGUGAGAGGAAAUUAAAGGUAAAAUGAGAGCAUUUAUGGAAGCUAGGCAUGGUAUCGAAUGACUUUAAUCUCAGCUCUUGGGAGGCAGCCUGGUCUACAUAGCAACGUGGGGAGGCCAACGUAGUAAAACCCUAGUCAGGGUUAGGGGAGAAUUAUAGAAACUUUGACCAGAGUUUAAAGAAUGCUAUAUUUUAACACAAAGACUACUUUAAAUGAAAAGCAUCUAAUAUGUGACACUUAAAAGUGGUGGUCUAGGUGUGCUAGCACACACCUUUAAUCCCAGCACUCGGGAGGUAGAGGCAGGUGGAGUUACAAAUGAGUUCUAAUCUGAGGCCAGCCUGCUUUACAUAGAGAGUUCCUGUGCAGUUAGGGCUACAGAGAGAGACUUUGUCUCAAAACAAACAACAACAAAAACUCAGACCAAAUAAUAAAUAGAUAAUGGUGGGGUAACCAAAGAGAGCCAUUCAGUUAUCACAGGACAAAGAACUAGAGAGGCAGGGUGUUUGUGGGCCACUUUAAGCUAACAACUGAAAAUAGUGAUGUCAGAACAAUGAUGCCCCAGGAAUGAACUUUGCUUCAAGAAAUUUCUGCGUGAAGAUUGCUCCUGGAGCAGUUGUCUGUGUAGAGAGUGAAAUCAGAGGAGACGUAACCAUAGGCCCUAGGACAGUAAUCCACCCUAAAGCACGGAUCAUUGCGGAGGCUGGGCCGAUAAUUAUUGGUGAAGGCAACCUCAUAGAAGAGCAGGCCCUCAUCAUAAAUGCUCAUCCGGAUAAUAUCAUUCCAGACACUGAAGAUCCAGAACCCAAACCUAUGAUUAUUGGCACCAAUAAUGUGUUUGAAGUUGGCUGUCAUUCCCAAGCCAUGAAAAUGGGAGAUAAUAAUGUCAUUGAGUCAAAAGCAUAUGUAGGCAGAAACGUCAUCUUGACCAGUGGUUGCAUCAUCGGGGCGUGCUGCAACCUGAACACUUUUGAAGCCAUCCCUGAGAACACAGUGAUCUACGGUGCAGACUGCCUGCGACGGGUGCAGACGGAGCGGCCACAGCCCCAGACGCUGCAGCUGGAUUUCUUGAUGAAAAUCUUGCCCAAUUACCAUCACCUGAAGAAGACAAUGAAAGGCGGCUCAACUCCAGUUAAGAAUUAAGCUGUGAGGAGAGUGAGCCAUCUCUGCCAGCUUCUGAAGGACUCAGUGCGUUAGCGUCAUGUUGACUUUAUUGAGUUAUGGAUGUUAGUGUCAUGUUGACUUUACUGAGUUAUGGAUAUAGGUGGAUCCCCUUGUAACUACCUUUGUAAUUUAUAUGGAGUGUAUUGAUUCCCUGUCGUUGUUCUGGUAACUUAUAGACUCGGGUUUUCUUUUAUUAUACAAAAUAUUAGCUAUGCAUCUAUUAUGUAAAAGACUACCCAUGAUAUUAUGUUCAUAUUAUUAUGUUUAUAUUCUAAUGUAACCAUGUACCAUAAUAACUAAAUAAAAGUUUGACUACUUGCAUUAAUCUUCCCAA